GACUGCAGCCAAUUUGGCUCUGAAGAACAGAGGUGUGUUUACUUAAAGCUGUGAGAACCAGGAACUCUUUGGUUCUUAUUUGUUCUUGCCUGUUGCCUGUCUCAGCUGAAAUGUGAGCCUCUUAACUGUAUAAAGCAUUUUUGGUGCAAUGUUAAGAAACGUUCAUCAAACAUGACUCAUAAUGCUCUUGUUUUCAGUUCCACACAUCUUCCCCAGAGGGAACAUCAGUUUUGCUUAUGAAGAGAAUCGAACAGAACUACAAACUACUCAAAGCUUGCCUGAAGCUACAACUACUUUUCCUGCAGCAAGCACAAUAAAAGCUAAGAUUCCUCCCAAGGCCCCCAGGUGGGAAGGAUAUGAGGGGAGUGAUUACUGGUUUUCAGAAGACAUGGCCAGCUGGCUCAACAGCCGAACCACGUGCAAAACUUGGAAUUCAGAACUCGUGAUCAUCAAUGACAGAAAGGAACUGGAGUUUAUUUCUAACAAAACAAGGAUGGCUGAUUAUUUCAUUGGACUGACAUAUAUGGAGCCUGAAGAACAACAGCCAGCAAGAUGGCAGUGGAAUGAUGGUCGUGAACUCGAGAGGAGCUUUGCUGAUGGGUGCACCAUAUCCAACACAUGGCAAUCUCUCCUACUGGGUUUUCUAUGGGACCAUAUGUAAAGGGAAGAGAUUGUGCAACAAUCAGAGCAGGAAAAGGGAGUCCAGUAUCUUGUUAUGAGAAACAUCACUGGAUCUGUGAGAAAAACAACAGAUAAAUUCUUGGUGCAGAAGAAUCUAAUGGAGUGACCUGAUGGCGUAGGAGAGAAAACUGUACCUUGAUGAAUAAAAAUGCUGUUUUCUAACACGA